GGUCAGACAGGAACAAUAUGGCGCCGAGAGCAGCGUUAGCUUGUGGACCAGUCGUUGUCUGAGAGUCUGUCGAUCCGGCAGGAUGAACCUCUGCGCCCAGUACCUACGACAGGCAGAGGCCCUGAAGGCUGACAUGACAGAUUCAAAGCUGGGGGCUGCAGAGGUGUGGACAUCUCGGCAGGCCCUGCAGGACCUCUACCAGAAAAUGCUGGUGACUGAUCUGGAGUACGCUCUGGACAAGAAGGUGGAGCAAGACCUGUGGAAUCAUGCUUUUAAGAACCAGAUCACCACUCUGCAGAGCCAGGCCAAGAACCGAGCCAACCCCAACCGCAGCGAGGUCCAGGCCAACCUGUCGCUGUUCCUGGAGGCAGCUAGUGGCUUCUACACACAGUUACUGCAGGAGCUUUGCACUGUCUUCAACGUGGACCUGCCGUGUCGCGUCAAAUCGUCUCAGCUUGGUAUCAUCAGCAAUAAACAGAGCAGCACCAGCGCCAUUGUCACCCCACAGCCCAGCUCCUGCUCCUACAUCUGCCAGCACUGCCUCGUCCACCUCGGAGACAUAGCGCGUUACCGAAACCAGACCAGCCAGGCGGAGUCUUACUACCGACAUGCAGCUCAGCUGGUUCCAUCAAACGGUCAGCCAUACAACCAGCUGGCUAUCCUGGCGUCCUCUAAAGGAGACCACCUCACCACAAUCUUCUACUACUGCCGCAGCAUUGCAGUCAAGUUCCCCUUCCCAGCAGCCUCCACCAACCUGCAGAAGGCCCUGUCCAAGGCUCUGGAGAGUCGUGACGAAGUGAAAACCAAGUGGAGCGUGUCAGAUUUCAUCAAGGCCUUCAUCAAAUUUCACGGUCAUGUCUACCUGAGUAAGAGUCUGGACAAACUGGACGGUCUGAGGGAGAAACUGGAGGAGCAGUUUCAGAGGCUGAUCCUGCAGAAAGCCUUCAGUUCUCAGCAGCUGGUCCACAUCACAGUCAUCAACCUGUUUGAGCUCCACCACCUUAGAGACCUGACGUCGGACGGCAGCGAGCAGAACUACAGCAGCGAGCAGCAGAUCAGCUGGUUCCAGCUGCUCGGACUCUUCAUGUCCUUCCUCGGAGUCAUGUGCAGCCGUGUUCUGCUCAACAAGAACAGGGGGGAGGAGAUCAUGGGGGAGUGUCCUCUGCCGGCCAUCAAAGUUUCUCUGGACUGGCUUAAACUGAGACCCAGCGUCUUCCAUGAGGCCGCUGUCGACAAGAGGCAGUAUGUUUGGCCCUGGCUGGUCUCCAUCCUCAACAGUUUCCAGCCCAAAGAAGACGAUCUGUCCUGUUCCUCAGUCACGCCCCUGCCUGAGGAGUUUGAGCUCCAGGGUUUCUUGGCACUCCGCCCCGCUCUGAGGUCACUGGACUUCACAAAAGGUCAUCAGGGCAUCCUGGUGGACAGAGACGGCCUGCCGGUCCACACUCGACACCAGAGACUCAUCAGUCUGGGCAAAUGGGUGGCCGACAACCAGCCAGGGCUGAUUCAGUGCAGAGUGAGUGAGGAAGGCCUCCUCGUCUUCAUCACUGACAUUCCAGAGCAGGCCAUCGAGGAGCCACAGGAGAAAGAGGCACCGGUGCUGCAGGAGUCCUCGAACGGUGAACAGACACCCAAUGACAGCGGAAACUCUGGCCUGAAGUCGGUGCUGUCUGCGGGGAAGACGCAGAGCUCUUGGCCGGACGGAGGCGAUCGACCUGUUGUCACCUUCAAGGAGAACAUCAAACCCCGAGAGCAGAGCCGCGAGCCAACACGAAACCACCAUCAGAAGGACGGUGGCAAAGAGCGCAGAGACUUCACAAAAGGCAAUGGGGCUGCUGGAAAAGGAGAGCUGAAGAGGGAUGGGAAGAGGAAGAGUGAGCUGAAGAAAACCGGUCAUGAGAAAGCUACUGAUGCUGGAAAACAGGUGAAGGCUCAGACAGAGCUGAGGAAGACUCCAGUGUCUGAGGCGAAGAAGACUCCCGUAACUCAAACCCAAACCACCUGCUCCUCCCAGUUCAUCCCCAUCCAUCAUCCUGGAGCCUUCCCACCACUGCCCAGCAGACCUGGUUUCCCGACCUCAGCCUAUGUGAUCCCUCCUCCGGUGGCUUUCACAGGGCUCCAGGUGAAUCCAGGCUUCACCUUCUCCACCGGAGUGUCCGUCCCUGGACCUUUCCUCCAGCCGGCUGUCCACACCCAGGCUGGCACGCAGGUCCAGGCCGGAAAGCAGUCCCACAUUCCCUAUAGUCAGCAAAGGCCCUCGGGUCCAGGGCCAGGUCAGGGGCCGGGGUCCUCAGCGCAGGGCCCGGGGCCAAUGAACCAGGGCCCCUCCCAGGGUCAGCAGCCCCAGGCCCAGCCACCUUCCCAGCAGGCUUUGCAGCAGUCGGUCCAGCUGCAGGUGCAGGCGAUGAGCCAGCAGCAGCAGCAGCAGUCUCCCACCAAACCGGUCCAGCAGGUCGCAAUAGGGAAGAGUCCACCUCACCACCCGGGACUGCAGCAGUAUAUGCAGGUCCAGGACCAGCCAGCUCAGAUGUGGAACCAGGCACAGGCAGCCCUGCAGAAGAUGACUCCCAUGCAGAUGUCAAUGAAACAGCCGCCGCAGCAGCAGCAGCAGCAGCCGCAGGCCUUCUACAUGACGGCUCAGGAUCCUCUCAAACUGUAUGAGCACCAGCUGCAGCCGCCCGCCCAGCCACAGCUGUCCAACAUGGACAAGAAGAUCAAGUACCCUGACGUCAAGAUGCAGGACUUCUACUGGGAGCCAUCCUACAGGAUGGGGGACGGUCUGGCUGUGAUGGCGGACAGGAUGAAGAGGCCCCCACCGGGUGGUAUCUGUUCGGAGCAGGACGCCUCCGCCGGGCCCCGGGGGCCCCCGUUUGAGGACAACAAGAGCUCGCCUCUUCUACCUCCUGACCUGUUAAAAACUCUAGCAGAUUUUGAGGAGGAGGAGGAGCUCAUCUUUACUAAGCCUCCUGAUUUCUUCCAGGCCCUGGCUGGCCCUCUUAGCACUGCUCCUGGACCAAACAUAUUUCUGCCCAAUCAGACCAGGAUGGAGAGCGGCCCCGAAGUCGUCAGCCAAUCAUCCUCUCUCCUGCCCAUUUCUGGCUUCCCCAUGCAGGAGUACAACCAGAACAGCAUCUUCAGUCAGGCCUACGGCAAGAACCUGCCACCCAGCUCCAAGCCCGACGCUCCCAUGGUGCACCAGGAGCCGUCCCUCUACUCCCUUUUUGAAGGGACUCCCUGGUCCCCCUCCCUCCCUGCCAGCUCAGACCACUCCACCCCGGCCAGCCAGUCCCCUCACUCCUCCAACCCCAGCAGCCUGCCGUCCUCUCCCCCCACACACAACCACGGAGCCAUGCCCUUCUCUAACUUUGGGCCCAUCGGCACUCCGGACAGCCGGGACCGCAGGGUAGUGGACCGCUGGAAGGCUGACAAGACCGGGGCGGUGAGCGGGUUCGGUCUGGACUACCUGCCGGCUGCGGCCUCCUCUGCGGCUUCAGACACCAGCUGGCACCAGACCGGACCGACCGGCAGUUCCUGGACCAAUCAGGAGUCUCCUAUGGAGGAGUCGUCCUCCACUGUGCUGCUCGACAGCCUUAAGUCGAUCUGGUCGAGCUCCAUGAUGCAGCCGGGCCCGUCAGCGCUGGAGCAGCUCCUCCUGCAGCAGAAACAGAAGCAGCAGCGAGGUCACGGCGCCAUGAACCCGCCUCACUGAACGGCAGCCCGAGGCCGCGCUUUGUGUCCGGACGUCAGAACAACCACCACCAGGAUAAACGGGAGGGAAAAAACAGAAGUUUGACGAAGACGAGCUCCGAUUAAAAUGGAAAAUUAAACCGGCGAGAAACGGUGGAGGCUGGGGAGGUGACGUGACCCCCCGACGAGGCUGAAACACCACCCCCAACCCCCUCGACUGUCGAGGAGCGGUGACGCCACUCCUGGAUCGGAGGGCGCGGGAUCUCUUCAACCACGGUGCCACGCGCCACGCCACCGCCGGGUUUCCUUAAACCCGCGGAAAUCUGAACAUUGAGGAACACAACCCCCACCACCACUGCCCCCCCCUGGUUUUGGACAGACGCCACAUCUUCACAACUCCUCUCUCAUCCGCAAGAACUUCUUCUCUCCUCAGAACAAAAAAAAUGAAGCCACCUCCCGGACGUCUGCUGGGCCCCAUUGGAGCGCCUGUUUUUAGCGCCUCCACCGCCACAGACCGAAGCGGGGGUGUCGUGAGAGAGCGAGGACGGUGUGGUGGUCAGGUUCAGGGGGGAGGUCGGGUGAGGCACCGGGGGACAAAAUAACAGACUGGACUUUCUGAUCUCUACAUUCAUUUUCAUUACUGUGGAGGAGGAAGAGGAGGAGGAGGAGGAAGGCUCUCUGUAGCUAAUUGGUUGAAUGAAGGAAGGAAAGCAGGACGGUUUGGGUUACGACUAUAUAAAUAUAUAAAUAAAUAUAUAUUGCCAUAGUUGGACUUUAACGGGCCUCGUCUCUUAGCCGCGUUGUGAGAAUCGGGGCUGGACGCUGCUUUGUGAAGCCAGGUGCGUAACCUCACCUGGACUGACGCUCGCUCGAUGCCCGUCCUUUUUGAGGGAAGGGCCGCGAGGCCCGACGACGGGACGGCUUCGUGAUGCCAGUAAACGUCACGGGAACGGAAGAAGUACACGGGAGGGGGACUAAGAACACAAAACCCCAUCAAUCUUAGGGAUAGUAUUAUCGUUAGCUUCAAGAGAUUGCAGAUAUUAACAAAAAAAACCUGUAUUUUGUGAUUUGUUCGUAGCAGUUUUAGCUUCACGCCCUCUGAGGUGAACACAGGUAUGUCUAUUAGCUUCCUGCUUGAAUAUUUUUGGGGUUCUCUUCCUCUCUGGCCUCUUCUUCCUGUUUCUUCUUUACUUAAUGAAGAAAAAAACAAAAGAUAUGUCCCUGCUCGCUUACUUAACCUGCAUUUACUGUUUCUUUUUGUUAAUGUUCUGCUUUUUUACUAGUUUUAAGCAGCUCUGUCGGCUCUUCUGUGCCUGCUCACUGUCCCAUUACUACUGACUGCUGUAAAGGUUAGCAUGAGGCCACAGACAGACAGACAGACAGACAGACAGGUAGUUGGCUCAGCCUGAAUGUUUUCCACUAUCUUUUCUUCAAUAACCACUACUCGACUGUAACUCGACCCUGUACAGCAGAUUUUUUAUGAAUUGUUGUGUCUGGAGGCCCUGCAGCUCUGCUUUUAUUUGUCCCGCAGCCGAAGCCCCUUUUCAGCCUAAAAGUCCCAGGAACUAUGGAGUCACAGGAACUCGGAAACUAAGAGCCCGUCUUUCGCGGUAGUAUUUGCAUUUUCCCCACAUUUGAUGAACCUUGUAAAUUAGGCAGGUUGUCCCGUAACAGAUUAGAAAAAGCUGUAUGAGACGCGGUUUUCACACAAGCAACAACCCAGAGUUCUUGUGUUGUUGUAGGGCUGCAACUAAUGAUAGUUUUAUUACGGGUUAAUCUCCCAGUUAUUUUCUCAAUUAAUCGAUCAGUUGUUUAGUGCGUAAAAUGUUAGAAAAGUGUGGAAAAAUACCAAGGUAAAGAUUAUAUUUAAAUAUGAGAAGCUGGGAACCUAAAACCUAAAUUUUUUCCAUUUUUGCUUAUUAAAGUAACUGGGAUGAUUAAUCACUUAUCAAAUUUUUUGCUCAUUCAAUUAAUCCACUUUCAGCUCUAAUUGUUUUUCUAUAAAAUGUUAGUUGCAUUAAAUAGUAAAAAAAGUCUUCAAAUGUCUUGUUUUGUCUGACCAAGAGCUCGGAACCUAAAGAUAUUCAGUUUACUGUCAUAGGAAAAGAUAAAACCAGAUAAUUUACCUUUCAGAACAUUUUUGUUUGGAAAAGUAACUCACACGAUUCAAAUGGUUUUAAUCGUUUUAUCUAGAAAAUAAUAAAAAAAAAUGCCCUUCACACAUUUCCAGAGUCAAAAGUGACCUUUUUUUUUCUUUUGUCUAUUAAUUGUUUGGUCUGUAAAAUAUCAAGAAAAAAAUGCCCAUCACAGUUUCUUAAGGCCAUAGUUCAAAGAAAAGCCGGAAAACCUCAAAAAUGAGACUGGGACUAGCGAAGGUUUGUCACCUAAAUAAAGAACAACUAAUCUGCUACCAGAAACGAUGGUGAUUAUUUCUCUGCUCUUGGACUAAUUGAUGAAUCAACUAAUUGCUCAGCCCUGCGUUGUCCAUCAAGUCUUUGUUUUCCAAGAACUGAAUGAAAGGUUCCUCGGUUCCUGAGAAAGUUCCUGUGGUGGAAACGGGCUGAUGGAGUUCCGGUGACUGCACUGGGCCUUUGGGGGGGGUUAUUUCUGUGGUUUCAACCUUGUAGCGCAUUUACAUGCCGUCAGUCCUGGUAGUUUUAGAGCCAGUCAGAAAGCAGAGAGUGACAGCUGACCAAUCGCAACGCUCCGAGGCUCUAAACCCCGCCCCCCUUUAGGCUUCAGGCUUCAGUGGGAUGAGAUGGUUUUUGAAUGCAGCACUGCACGUAGCUUCCGGUCCGGUUUAAACCAGCAGAAAGCUGUUUUCUAUCUAAAAGUGUAACAAACGAUCAUCAUUUUGUUCUGAGGGAUUAAGAAAAAUAAAAGCCUGGGUUUUUCUUUUGUUUUCUUUUUCCGUUUUAUUAAAGCAGACUUAACAGAGACAUGUCUAUUUUCCGUGUGAUUGUGCUUCUCAUGUUGCAUUUACAAAAUGUAUUUGAAAAAUAAUAAAGAUAAAAUAAUGUUGAAUGUGAGGACGAAUUUGGCCAGAAGCGUCAAGGAGAGAGAGAGUUUGUUUUCAUGUUUGAAGCUCACCACGUGCAUCUGAGCUGGACUGGUUCUGGUUGCCUUUGGUUUUUUUGGAGGUCUGGCGAUGACAUUCCACUCUGUAAGAUGUUUGGGAGGUUUCAGGGCGGCGGGUCCUCGUUGGUCGGAGCUCUGACGGCACAUCUGUGGCCACGUCUGGGAAUUUCUGAUGGGAAAUGGUUCAGAUCUGAGCUUUGACUUGAGGCUUUUUGUGUUUCUGUCUCUGUAGACUUUCAGAACUGGUGGAAUCAGCCUUUAAAUAAACGUAAACUAUGUUCUCCCUUGA